GUUAGAGCUGAUGAGGUGGACGUAGAGGGGACCGUGGAAGAUGACUUGGGUAAAAGCAGAGAAGGGUCCCGAACAGAUGAUGAAGUUGUGCAGAGAGAGGAGGAAGCUAUCCAACUAGAUGGCCUAAAUGCAUCCCAGAUCAAAGAAAUCCGAGAAAAAUCUGAGAAGUUUGCAUUUCAAGCAGAAGUCAGCAGAAUGAUGAAACUUAUUAUCAAUUCUUUAUAUAAAAAUAAAGAGAUUUUCCUCAGGGAACUUAUUUCAAAUGCUUCGGAUGCUUUAGAUAAGAUACGGUUAAUAUCCUUAACUGAUGAAAAUGCUCUGGCUGGUAAUGAGGAACUUACUGUCAAAAUCAAGUGUGAUAAAGAGAAGAACAUGCUUCAUGUUACAGAUACGGGUAUUGGCAUGACAAAAGAGGAGCUAGUUAAAAACCUGGGUACCAUUGCGAAGUCUGGUACAAGUGAAUUCUUAAACAAGAUGAAUGAAAUGCAGGAUGAUAGCCAGUCAACAUCUGAGUUAAUCGGCCAGUUUGGUGUUGGCUUUUAUUCUGCUUUCUUAGUAGCAGACAGAGUUAUUGUCACAUCAAAACACAACAAUGAUACUCAACAUAUUUGGGAAUCUGAUUCAAAUGAAUUCUCUGUGAUUGAUGACCCAAGAGGAAACACUUUAGGACGUGGCACAACCAUAACCCUUGUUUUGAAGGAAGAAGCAUCUGAUUAUCUUGAGCUGGAUACUGUUAAAAAUCUAGUAAAGAAAUACUCACAGUUCAUUAACUUCCCCAUAUAUGUGUGGAGCAGCAAGACAGAGACUGUUGAAGAACCUAUUGAAGAGGAGGAAGCAAAGGAGAAAGAAGAAACAGAUGAUGAUGAAGCUGCAGUUGAAGAAGAGGAAGAAGAAAAGAAACCAAAGACUAAGAAGGUUGAGAAGACCGUCUGGGAUUGGGAGCUCAUGAAUGACAUAAAACCAAUCUGGCAGAGACCAUCUAAAGAAGUUGAAGAAGAUGAAUACAAAGCUUUUUACAAAACCUUUUCCAAGGAACACGAUGACCCAAUGGCUUACAUCCACUUUACUGCUGAAGGGGAAGUGACUUUCAAAUCUAUCUUGUUUGUUCCUAAUUCUGCUCCACGUGGCCUGUUUGAUGAAUACGGAUCCAAAAAAAGUGAUUUCAUUAAGCUGUACGUUCGAAGAGUGUUCAUCACUGAUGACUUCCAUGACAUGAUGCCUAAGUAUCUUAACUUUGUUAAGGGUGUUGUGGAUUCUGAUGAUCUUCCUUUGAAUGUAUCUCGUGAAACACUUCAGCAGCAUAAAUUGUUAAAGGUGAUCAGAAAGAAACUUGUUCGCAAAACUCUUGAUAUGAUCAAGAAAAUUGCAGAAGAAAAAUACAAUGACACAUUCUGGAAAGAGUUUGGUACUAACGUGAAGCUUGGAGUUAUUGAGGAUCACUCCAAUCGUACACGACUGGCUAAACUUCUUCGCUUCCAGUCUUCUCAUCAUGAAAGUAACCUCACAAGCCUUGACCAGUAUGUGGAAAGAAUGAAAGAGAAGCAAGACAAAAUUUACUUCAUGGCAGGUGCCAGCAGAAAGGAGGCUGAGUCUUCACCAUUCGUUGAACGCCUUCUGAAAAAGGGCUAUGAAGUGAUUUAUCUUACUGAACCUGUAGACGAAUACUGUAUUCAGGCUUUGCCAGAGUUUGAUGGCAAGAGGUUUCAGAAUGUGGCAAAAGAAGGAGUUAAGUUUGAAGAAAGUGAGAAGUCUAAGGAGAGUCGGGAAGCCUUGGAAAAGGAGUUUGAACCACUCUUAAACUGGAUGAAGGACAAAGCUCUAAAAGACAAGAUUGAAAAAGCUGUGCUAUCUCAACGUUUAACCCAGUCUCCCUGUGCUCUUGUGGCUAGUCAGUAUGGAUGGUCUGGUAACAUGGAAAGGAUCAUGAAGGCUCAAGCUUACCAAACUGGGAAGGAUAUCUCUACAAAUUAUUAUGCUAGCCAAAAGAAGACAUUUGAAAUUAAUCCCAGGCAUCCGCUGAUCAAGGACAUGCUUAGGCGAGUCAAGGUAAAGAAGUAACAGUAGUGAAAUACUGACUACUUGGCUGCAUACAACCUGACUAACAGUUCUGUUUGUUUUGUUUUAAAUACUCUCCUACAUUAGGAAAAUGAAGAUGACAAAACAGUUUCGGAUCUUGCAGUGGUAUUGUUUGAAACUGCAACUUUGAGAUCAGGAUAUAUGCUACCAGACACCAAGGAAUAUGGAGACAGGAUAGAAAGAAUGCUUCGUUUGAGUUUAAACAUUGACCUGGAUGCAAAGGUGGAGGAGGAACCUGAAGAGCCUGAGGAUGCAGCUGAGGAGGCAGAGCAAGAUGAAGAGGAGGUCGAUGCUGAUGCUGAAGACAGUGAAUCACAGAAGGAAUCCACAGAUGUGAAAGAUGAACUGUAAGCUCCACUCAACUACUGUUCUGCAAUGGGGGUUUAAGAGGGAAUAUGAAUUAGAUUGGUUUGGUUUUUUCCACUGUAAAAUGUUGAGGGAUGGUAUAUGGGGUUUAAGGGUGAAGGAGGAAUUUUUUUUUUUAAGUUCACUUUUCUAAAAACAUUCCUCAUGAAUGUAAAUUUGUAUUAUUUAACUGACUUGGUGUAAAAUCUUGUCAUGUACAAAAUAAAAUGUUCCCAAACAC